UCUAUAAAAAACUCUGUGGCAGGUGACACAAGGGUUCAGCGGUGCCGACUUGACUGAGAUCUGCCAGCGCGCGUGCAAGCUCGCCAUCCGACAAGCCAUCGAGGCGGAGAUCACACGCGAGCGCACGCGCCAGAACCAGCCCGCUGCCGCCGUCAUGGACAUGGACGAAGAAGACCCAGUGCCAGAGAUCAGCCGCGCUCACUUCGAGGAGGCGAUGAAGUUCGCGCGCCGCUCCGUGUCCGACAACGACAUCCGCAAGUACGAGAUGUUCGCGCAGACGCUGCAACAGAGCCGCGGAUUCGGCACCAACUUCAGGUUCCCGACGAGCGCGGGCGGCGCCGGCGGCACGGGCACGUCGGGCGGCGACCAGCCCACCUUCCAGGAGGAGGGCGGCGACGACGACCUCUACAGCUAAACACUCCACACGUUCCAGCGCUGAGACUCCAGGCCACGCGCCGCCUGUAGUACGGCGGCCGAGCGAAUUAAUAGUGUCGAGAUUUUU